GUGACAGUAACUUAGUCUGGCUUGUGGAGUUGGUCGGUCGGUGAAUCUACUGCAUUGAACAUGAGAUACAUUAUUCUUGCAGCGUGCUUCCUCAGCGUCGUGGUUUCGGCGCAGAAAUGCACUGAAAAGAGGUUUCCCUACCUCAUGUCAACAUUUGCCGACGCCAAACCGGAAACGUCGGGUGGAAUUUGGUAUCGCUACCGCUCCCUUGACGCCAGCAAGAAGCCGGUUACCAACGUUCGCGUGAAUGUCACCCUCAUCGGACCCACCACGACUCCGCUGACCAACGAUCCCGCCCAAGCCUACUGGACCACGACGGCGUAUAAGACCAACGACGGAAAAUGCCACGCCGAUUAUUAUAUGGCCAUGUACUCCAAUUCCGGCCGAAAGGUUGGAUACGGUCUUUCCGCCGACGAUGACUACCUUAUUCAUCCUCAAAACCUGGCGUUGGUCUACACCGACAACAAAGAGCUCACGAUCGAGUAUGGGUGCUUCAAGAAGAACAACAAGGACGUCGUGGCGUCCACUUGCGACCAGCCGGUAAUCCACGUGGACACCCGCAUCAAACCGGAAGACCUAACCGCGCAGAAGCAGGCCGACUUCGACAAACUCAUCGACGUCAUGUUCUCGCUUAACUGCAUUAAAGCCACUGAUAUCCCCAAAGUGGAAUACAAGCCGGAGGCCUUCUGCGACUUCACACCGGCUCCCGACUGCACAACCCGAAUGGUCAAAGGGCUGGCUGAGAUCACGGUUAAGCCCAGCGCCAAAAAGGUCACGGCGGCGACUAACAGCAAAUGCAAGUGGCCGUUGGUCAUUCCCGGCGAAAAGAAGCAUGAGCCAAAAAAGGUUGUUGGACAAUGGCACAUCUAUCGCAAGCUGUACGCCGACGAGCCAGACUCAGUUAACCAGAUGUACAACGUCAACAACAUCGGCCUGGGCGAAUUGCCGCUGAGUGCGAUUGCCGCUCAAUGGCAGUGGAUUCAGUAUUCGCAGUACAACGGCGAAAAGGAUACCACCUGCCGCAACGGUUUCUGGACGGGCGCUGUGGGCGCCAACGGAGCCCAGAUUGGGUUUGACGUUAUGACUACCGGCGAACCCAUGCCCGUUUUGAACAAUAUGAAUGGUUUAUACUACGACGAUAAUUUCGCGCUGGAUUACGGUUGCAUUGUACCCAACACCAAAACCAGCGUAUGCGAAAAGCCUUUCGUUUACGCCAGCACCCGCACCCGGCCGACAAAAUUGUCGCAAGCCGAUAAGGACAAAUUUGACAAGAUCAUCGACGGUUUCCUGAGCAAGUACGGCUGCAGUGUCAAGGACGUUCCCCAGAUCAAAUUCAUCGAUUCCAAACCAGCCUGCAAAUUUGCCGAACCCACUGCAUGCAUUGCCAAGGCCGUCCAGGGCCUCAAGCAAGCUACCUCGGCAUAGAUAAAACUGAAGCAUCGUAAUUGUUCAGGACCCGUCAGCUUGAUGAUCAUGGUGUACCGCUUAUCAGAUUUACUGAUAUCUUUAUGGUAAAAGAAGAUUUAUAAAUGUUCUCGUUAAUGCGGUACAUGCAAAUCUGACGCCGGUACCUGCUUUUGAUGUAUUGUUUUGUUUUGAGAAUCUAAGAAAUUAAAGGGGAAUAGGGUA